GGAAGUGACGAAAGCUCGCUCCUUACCGGGGUCUCGGUUGAGCCGUGGACGCGCCGGCUUCGAGCAUCCCUAGCCGGGCAGGUGGGAGGCCCUGGGGUUGCGGCUCCCGCGGCCGCGGCUCGGACCCGCCAGCGACAUGGCCAGCUCCGGAGAGGACAUAUCCAAUGAUGAUGAUGACAUGCACCCUGCAGCAGCUGGGAUGGCGGAUGGGGUCCACCUCCUGGGGUUCUCUGAUGAGAUCCUCCUUCAUAUCCUGAGUCACGUCCCCAGCACAGAUCUGAUUCUGAAUGUCCGGCGUACCUGUCGGAAGCUCGCAGCCCUGUGCCUUGACAAGAGCCUCAUCCACACCGUGUUGCUGCAAAAGGACUAUCAGGCGAGCGAGGACAAAGUGAGGCAGCUGGUGAAGGAGAUCGGCCGGGAGAUCCAGCAGCUGAGCAUGGCUGGCUGCUACUGGCUGCCUGGCUCCACCGUGGAACACGUGGCCCGCUGCCGCAGCCUGGUGAAGGUGAACCUCUCGGGCUGCCACCUCACCUCCCUGCGCCUCUCCAAGAUGCUCUCGGCCCUGCAGCACCUGCGCUCGCUGGCCAUCGACGUGAGCCCCGGCUUCGACGCCAGCCAGCUGAGCAGCGAGUGCAAGGCCACACUGAGCCGCGUGCGGGAGCUCAAGCAGACGCUGUUCACGCCCUCCUACGGUGUGGUGCCCUGCUGCACCAGCCUGGAGAAGCUGCUGCUCUACUUCGAGAUUCUAGACCGCACGCGCGAGGGCGCCAUCCUCUCGGGCCAGCUUAUGGUGGGCCAGAGCAACGUGCCGCACUACCAGAACCUGCGGGUCUUCUAUGCGCGCCUGGCCCCCGGCUACAUCAACCAGGAGGUGGUGCGGCUCUACUUGGCCGUGCUUAGCGACCGCACUCCUCAGAACCUCCACGCCUUCCUCAUCUCCGUCCCCGGCAGCUUCGCGGAGAGCGGCGCCACCAAGAACCUCCUGGACUCCAUGGCGCGCAACGUCGCGCUGGAUGCCCUGCAGCUGCCCAAGUCCUGGCUGAACGGCUCUUCCCUCCUGCAGCACAUGAAAUUCAACAACCCGUUCUACUUCAGUUUCAGCCGCUGCACCCUGUCGGGCGGCCAUCUGAUCCAGCAGGUCAUCAACGGCGGGAAGGACCUGCGGAGCCUGGCCAGCUUGAACCUCAGCGGCUGUGUCCACUGCCUGUCCCCAGACUCGCUGCUCCGCAAGGCGGAGGACGACAUUGAUAGCAGCAUCCUGGAGACGCUGGUGGCGUCCUGCUGCAACCUGCGCCACCUGAACCUUUCGGCUGCCCACCACCACAGCUCGGAGGGCCUGGGCCGCCACCUCUGCCAGCUCCUGGCCCGGCUGCGUCACCUGCGCUCCCUCUCCCUGCCUGUGUGCUCUGUCGCCGACUCCGCGCCGCGCGCCGACCGCGCGCCGGCCCAGCCGGCCAUGCACGCAGUACCACGCGGCUUUGGCAAGAAAGUGCGUGUGGGCGUGCAGUCCUGUCCCAGCCCCUUCUCGGGCCAGGCGGGCCCCCAGCCCUCCUCCGUGUUCUGGUCUCUUCUGAAGAACCUGCCCUUCCUGGAACACCUGGAGCUGAUCGGGUCCAACUUCUCCUCCGCCAUGCCGCGCAACGAGCCCGCCAUCCGCAACUCGCUCCCACCCUGCAGCCGCGCGCAGAGCGUCGGGGACUCAGAGGUGGCCGCCAUCGGCCAGCUGGCCUUCCUGCGGCACCUGACGCUCGCACAGCUGCCCAGCGUCCUUACGGGCUCCGGGCUGGUCAGUAUCGGCCUGCAGUGCCAGCAGUUGCGGUCCCUGUCGCUGGCCAACCUGGGCAUGAUGGGGAAGGUGGUGUACAUGCCCGCGCUCUCAGACAUGUUGAAGCACUGCAAGCGGCUGAGGGACCUCAGGCUGGAGCAGCCCUACUUCAGCGCCAAUGCUCAGUUCUUCCAGGCGCUGAGCCAGUGCCCCUCGCUGCAGCGCCUGUGCCUGGUGUCUCGCAGCGGCACCCUCCAGCCCGAUGCCGUGCUGGCCUUCAUGGCUCGCUGCCUGCACGUUGUCAUGUGCCACCUGUUCACCGGGGAGUCCCUUGCCACCUGCAAGAGCCUGCAGCAGUCGCUUCUCCGCAGCCUUCCCUCCUCUCCUGCCAGGAAUGCUGCCAAUGCUACGGAUAUGCCGAGGCCUGCUCUUCUCCUAAAUGAAGUCUCUGCUGCCGGCAUUAGCUUAUUUUCUGCAGAAAGCAAAUUAAAGGGGCUGCUGAGGAAGGUAUUUGGAUCCUUGGGGCCGCUCCCAGAGUCCUUGCACCUGUCCAGGGGUGGAUCUGGCCUGGGGGGCCACCAUAGUCCCAGGGGCCCAGUCCCAGGCCCCUUCCUGGAAUUCCCCUUCCCAACCCCUGCUCCUGCACGUCCCAAAGCCUCCCCCGGCCAGAGUGGGGAGGGGGGACUUGCCUGCUUCGUGCCUGGGGCCCUAGCAUCAGAACGGCCAGUUGCCUGUCCCUCUGCGGGCUGUUUUGGCCUCUCAAGGUCACAGACCGUGUCUUUAAGUCUCACUAUAUUUUUUUCUGAUUAUAAAAGCAAUCGAUUUCACCAUAGAAAUGUCAGGAAAUAAGGCUGGGGGUGGUGGCUCAUGCCUGUAAUCCCCAAGAUUUGGGAGGCUGAGGAGGAUCACUUGAGGCCAGGAGUUCAAGAUCAGCCUGGGCAACAGAGUGAGACCCCAUCUGUACAAAAAAUACAAAAAUUGGCCAAGCGUGGUGGUGCGUGCCUGUCGUCCCAGCUACUUUGGAGGCUGAGGCAGGAUCACUUGAGCCCAGUAGUUGGAGGCUGUGGUGAGCUAUGAUGGCGCACUGCACUCCAGCCAGAACAAGAAGGAGACCCUGUCUGUAAAAAGAAAAAGAAAAAAAAAAAUAGGCAGUGCCUGCGUCUACCCCCUGCCUCUCUUCGGUGCAUUUUUCUCCCUUUGUCUUGGGAGUCCGAGGCUCUGGCCCACCCCUCCCCACCUUCAGUGUGUUUCCUUCCACGGGCGAGGUACAAAGAGGGACUGUCGGAGGGAGGGCUGGGGUCAGGGCUGGGCACAGGGCGGGAUGAGGUGGGUGAGGGUACCCAUGAGCUUCUUGCCAGGUCUCCUGUCCCAACAGCAACUCCCCCAGCCGCUGAGGAGCCCCCUGCAGAGCUGGGGUUGAAGGGGCAGCUUGUCCCCCCACCUUCAGCAAUGGCAACCUGCAGCAACUGGAACAAGGCCCCACCGUAAAGCUCUGUGUGUCCCAGGUAAGGCUGAGAGAGAGAGAAAAGACCCGACCGCUUUCAUCUGUUUCCUGGCAGGGAUGGGAUUCUUUUUUUUUUUUUUUUUUUGAGACGGAGUCUCGCUCUGUCGCCCAGGCUGGAGUGCAGGGGUGCGAUCUUGGCUCACUGCAAGCUCCACCUCCCGGGUUCACGCCAUUCUCCCGCCUCAGCCUCCGGAGUAGCUGGGACUACAGGCGCCCGCCACCACGCCCGGCUAAUUUUUUGUAUUUUUAGUAGAGACGGAGUUUCACUAUGGUCUCCAUCUCCUGACCUCGUGAUCCACCUGCCUUGGCCUCCCAAAGUGCUGGGAUUACAAGCAUGAGCCACUGCGCCCGGCCAAGGGAUGGGGUUCUAAGGCAGGUUUCCUGGAACCCUACAGCUCUCUUUGUUUAGCUGGGGAAGUGGCUUGUAGACCAGGUCAAGGGACAGAAAGCACUAAUUCAUCCAUCCAUUAGCCUAUCUAUCUAUCUAUCUAUCUAUCUAUCUAUCUAUCUAUCCA